GUGAAAGGAAGCCCACCAACGUGGAUGUAUUCAGGCUUGAAGCAUCAACAAUGACGUCACUUUACAAACCAGACAAACAACCCAGUCAAGUCACCUGACCGCCCCAGGCGGCGACAGGCCGAGUCAUCCAUCGUUCAGGACGGAUUACAGCCUCACCAUCGCUCCGGGUAUCCCAGUUUCUGACGCUGUCUGAGGGAUUUCCCUUCAAACAAUCAAUUUCAUAGUUUGAGAAGGAUCAUGGAGGAAGAGCGCGACCCCCAGAGUGAGGACCAGGCGCCUCAGCAAGGGCCGCAGGUCGACACAGCCGAUCGCCCCGAUACAGGCCAAUCAGAGGCGCCAGAAUCUACUGCAAAUGAAUCCAUUCCCGCCGCGAGAGACGAGGCCAGCCGUCUCAGGGAGCUGCAUACCGACAUCCGUGACCAAGAUGAUCUCGAGAGGGAUAUCUCCUAUCAGGCGGAUAAACUGCUCAUGGAGCAGGCCGACCAGCGGGAUCACAAGCGACUAGAAAAGACCGUUCUUGAGAAAAAGAAAUUGGAAUCACAAAUCCUGAGACUACACCAACGUCUCUCCCAACCGGUGGGGACGUCAGCCCGGACUCGUAUACAAAAUGAUCUAGAAAGGCUAGAGGCGCGCAACGAGGAGUUGACAGGUGACCUCAAAGACAUUCAAGACCGCAUCGACGGGAGGCAGCGCGAUCAAGAGACUGGCACCCAGGCCACCGGCUCGGGGCGAAUGCCUCAUGAAUCGCGUCGCGACUAUCUCAUUCGGACGGGAAAGAUUACGCCGUUUUCGCAAAUGAGGACCGGUACCAGCGAUGGUCCUCUUGCCAGUCUUCGUGACACUCUCAUUGACGUCGAAGAUGAGCGCGAUGAAAAUGAGGCACUUCAGGAGUUGGAGAAGCGGCCGACGGUUUCUCAUCGAAACCUUGUUCGUCCUGGGUUUGGGUUCGAUGAAGCGAGUGAGUCAAAGACGACGGAAAGUGCGGCUCGCCCCACGAAGCGACGCAGACUGCAGGAGGACAGCGCCGCAACAGCCUCUAUUGGGGAACGAGAAGACUCGGAGAAAGAUGUAGGACCUCUUCCCGAAGAAGCGCCUUCAGAUCAUGGGUCAGAAAGCUACGUGGAAUCGGAAGGUCAAAUUUCCGAAGACGAAGAAUUUGAACCCGAAGAGACGAGAGAACGGCCUGUUGCACGAAGCAAAACCAAGAAAGCCGUGGACGACUUGGAAGAUUUCAGCGGCGUAGAUGACGGGAACGAAAAGGGUUACCAAGCAAGGCUUCAAGGAUGGGUCAGUUCCCGGAGCGCAGCUCGGGAGCGUGUGUUGGCGGAGCAGAGGCCAGCCGGGGAUGGCGCUGAGCAGAUGGACGACAACGCGUCCGAAGAAUGGUUCAAGCCCCAUCCCACCGUGCCGGAUUUAGACCUCGACAACGGAUUUCGCCUACCCGGCGAUGUACACCCCCUUCUGUUUGACUAUCAGAAGACGGGCGUUCAGUGGCUGUGGGAAUUGCACCAACAGCAAGUAGGAGGGAUCAUCGGAGAUGAGAUGGGCCUCGGCAAAACGAUUCAAGUCAUCGGGUUUCUCGCCGGCCUCCAUUACAGUGGGAAGCUCUCGAAACCGGUCAUCGUGGUGUGUCCCGCCACCGUCAUGAAACAAUGGGUCAAUGAAUUCCACCGCUGGUGGCCGGCGUUCCGCGUGUCUAUCCUCCACACCUCCGGUAGUGGGAUGGUUAACAUUCGCAACGAGAGCAGGCGAGAAGAUGCGUUGUUAUACGAGCAGUGGAACUCUGCUGGCUCGCGUGGGAUGUCCAGUGGAUUGAGAGCUGGCAGAAGAGUCGUGAAACGAGUGGUGGAAGAAGGUCAUGUUCUGGUAACUACCUACUCUGGUUUACAGACAUACGCGCCUCUUUUGAUCCCAAUAGAAUGGGGAUGUGCUGUUUUGGAUGAAGGCCACAAAAUUCGCAAUCCAAACACCUCCAUUACAAUACACUGCAAGGAGCUGCGGACCCCGCAUCGCGUCAUCCUGUCAGGAACGCCGAUGCAGAACAAUCUGACAGAGCUCUGGUCGCUGUUCGAUUUUGUGUAUCCUAUGCGUCUGGGGACGCUGAUCAACUUCCGAAACCAGUUCGAGUUCCCUAUCCGCCAAGGUGGAUACGCCAACGCUUCCAACCUGCAGGUGCAGACUGCAGCCAAGUGUGCAGAGACGCUGAAAGAUGCGAUCAGCCCUUAUCUUUUGCAGAGGUUCAAGAUCGAUGUGGCGGCGGAUCUUCCCAAAAAGAGCGAACAAGUGCUUUUCUGCAAACUGACCAAGAUACAAAGACAGGCGUACACCGCGUUUCUGGGCUCAGAGGAGAUGCAGUCUAUCCUCAGGGGACGCAGGCAAGUUCUGUACGGAGUUGAUAUCUUACGGAAAAUCUGCAACCAUCCCGAUCUUCAAGGUCACAAACUGCAGUCAGCCCAAACCAACUACGGCAGUGGCUCCAAAUCUGGCAAGAUGCAGGUCGUUAAGUCGCUUUUGGAACUCUGGAGAGAAACGGGUCAUAAGACGUUGCUGUUUGCGCAGCAUCGGAUCAUGCUGGAUAUCCUGGAAAAGUUCAUUAGGGGGCUAUCUGGGUUCAAAUACCGUCGAAUGGAUGGCACCACGCCCAUUCACCAACGGCAGUCUAUGGUGGACGAAUUCAAUAACGAUCCAGACAUCCAUGUCUUCUUACUUACUACGAAGGUAGGGGGAUUGGGCGUCAACCUCACCGGCGCGGACAGAGUCAUCAUCUAUGACCCCGACUGGAAUCCCUCCACGGACAUCCAAGCUCGAGAACGUGCUUGGCGGCUUGGACAGAAACGUGAAGUCACCAUCUACCGGUUGAUGACGGCCGGGACCAUUGAAGAGAAGAUUUACCACCGGCAAAUCUUCAAACAGUUCCUCACCAACAAGAUCCUCAAGGACCCUAAGCAACGCCAGACAUUCCAAUUAAGCGAUAUGCACGACCUAUUCUCCCUCGGAGAAGAUUCCCAAGGCGCAACGGAAACCAGCAAAAUCUUCAAAGACGUCGAAGUUACCUACGACGACAAUAAGAACGACACCACCGCCCAACCCGACGCAUCAGCCGCCCAAGACGAGAAGAAAGACAUCAGCAAAGUAGUAGGCGUCUCCUCAAUGGAGCAAUUCCAAGGCGACCCAGACCAGUCAAACAACCAAGAUUUAACCAACCCAGACGACAAAUCCGAGUCUCGAAUCAUGGAAGGCAUCUUCUCCCGCUCAGGAGUCCACUCCGCCCUCGAGCACGACCAAAUCAUCGGCGGCAAGCGCGUCGUCAAAGCCGACCCCAAGAUCAUCGAAGCAGAAGCCAAACGCGUAGCCGCCGAAGCAGCGGACGAACUCCGGCGCGCAAGCGAAGCCGCACGCUCCGUCCCCAUCGGCACCCCAACAUGGACAGGCCAGUUCGGUCUUGCUGGCCGCCCUGAAGACCACCGCCGCCUCCCCACCAGCGCACCCUUUGGCGGCGGGCGCGGGGGCAGCAGCGCUGCCCGACGAGCUGGCGCGGGUCCGUCCUCGGCUAGCCUUCUUGCGAAUCUGUCUGCGCGCACGCCGACGCCGUCGUCGUCGCGAAGUGGAAGUAAUAGCCCUGCGCCGGCUAGGACGCCUAGCGGGAUGGACUUCAUCACGUUGAUUCGCGAUUUCAUUAUGAAUCAUGGUGGGGCUGUUUUCACGCAGAACCUCAUUGACCACUUUAACCGCUAUUGCACGACGCCGCAGCGGUCUGCUGAGUUCAAGGAGAUGCUGAAGACGAUUGCCGUGCUGCAGAAGGGGGGGCGCAAUGGGAGGGGGAGGUGGGUAUUGAAGCCGGAGUAUGCGAAACGGACGUAGC